CGCACUGGGGCGUGACCGGCGCGGCGGCGGUUGCUAGGCAACGACGAGCCGCCGCGAGGCCGGGGCAACCGCAGCGUUGAGUGCACCGAGGGCGGUGGUCUGUACCGCCCGGGCACAGGAGAAGAAUUAAAGGAGUGUGGUGUGACGUGAUGACGUAAUUUGACGUAGCCAAGCAAGAACUUUUCCUGAUUCGGCAUGUUAAAAAAUAAGGGUCGUUCCUCUAAACGAGAUACCUUAGCAGUCACUGCCGUUGCUUUACAAGAUCACAUUCUGCAGGAUCUUCAACUGCGAAAUCUCUCAGUAGCAGAUCGUUCCAAGACAAAGGUGCAAAAGGAGAACCAACCCAAGUGUGUGAAAGGGAGUGCGAGAGCACUAACAGACACUGGCCUUAAAAGACUGACCCGGGACCCUGCGGCGGAAGAUCCAGAAAGAGAGUAUGUGCUUGAUCCCAAACCGCCACCAUUAACUUUAGCACAGAAGUUGGGCCUGUUUGAACCUCCCCCAUUGCCACUAUCAUCAAAUGAAUGGGAAAAAGUGAAACAAAGAUCCAUCGUGCAAGGGGAUUCCAUGCAGCCGUGCCCGAUAUGCAAAGAAGAAUUCGAGCUUCGCCCCCAGGUGCUGCUUUCAUGUUCCCACGUGUUUCACAGGGCAUGCCUUCAGGCUUUUGAAAAGUUCACAAAUAAAAAAACCUGUCCUCUCUGUAGAAAGAACCAGUAUCAAACCAGGGUGAUUCACGACGGGGCCCGGCUCUUCAAAAUAAAGUGUGCGACCAGGAUCCAAGCCGCCUGGAGGGGACACGUGGUUAGAAAGUGGUACCGAGAGCUGAGGAAGACGGUGCCUCCCACCGAUGCCAAGUUGAGGAGAAGAUUCUUUGAAGAAAAGUUCACAGAAAUCAGCCACCGAAUGCUGUGCUCCUACCACACGGACAUCGACGAGCUCUUCUCAGAGAUCGACCACUGCCUGGCCAUGAACCGAAGCGUGCUGCAGCAGCUGGAGGAGAGGUGCGGCCACGAGCUCACCGAGGACGACUGGGAGAGGAUCCAGACCCAGGCUCUGCGCCGUGAGGCCCCCGAGUGCCCCAUCUGCCUCACACCGCUCUCCGCCCGCAGCGCCGGUGGCCGCCCGCCCUCCCGGGAGACCGCGCUCCUGUCCUGCUCACACAUCUUCCACCACACAUGUCUCCUGGCCCUGGAGGAGUUCUCCCUGGGGGACAGCUCUCCUUUCCACGCCUGUCCUCUCUGCCGCUCUUGCUAUCAAAAGAAAAUUCUUGAAUGUUGAAUUCAUAGUCAGGAAAAAUUAUAUAAUUCUGGGGCAAAGUUACCUUAAUUCUGAACAGAUUGUGUGAGUUUGGGGUUAAAUACUACAGUGAAAUCUGUUCUCCAGUGAAAUAAUCCCUUAGUAGUUGUACCUAGAAAACCUAACUAUAUUUUAAAAGCUGACAACCCAUCCAGUUUUAGUCUUUAGUUUAAUGAGUUGAAAAAAGUGAGGAAUGGAUGAAAACUUGAGUUUGAGAGGCUCCAGAGUGAACUGACUUGCUACGCAUCUGGUUAAUCAGUUGGGAUCGCUCCUAACAGUGGAAUGACCCCCUUUCUUUCGCGGGGAUCUGAUUGACUGGCCUAUCUACAUGCAGCUCUGACUGGCACCGGGAGGGCCUGCCCUAGGGUCCCAGCCCAGGUCUUCCCCGGCUCUGCCGUGCGCCUGGUUCCUUACACAGCUAGUGUCCGACAACAAGCUGGUAACCUGACAACACUCUUGAAAUUAAGUGUCUUACGGCCUCUGCCAUUCCUAAUGCUUUUCUUGUAGUAAUUGCUUUAUUUCUAUGUGAUAAAUUGCUGCUGUUCUUCAGCGUUUGAAUCUGUAAACCCAAAAUAUACAAAUAAAAUAUUCAGUAAUCGUCAGCAUCAGAAGAUGGUAAAUCACCUUGUAUUGACUGAGAGCCACACGUACUGCUUUAGCUCAUACAUGAAGAAGUCCAUGAAACUGCUUUGAUCAGAGC